CCCUAGCCGCGGUCAGUGCGCCCGCAACCCACGCCAACCGCCGACCCCAGACCCAAACGACCAGAGAGGCCAGGUAUCGCGUGGGAGAGAAAGCGCAUAUAGCUGUCAGUUGAGCUCGCACCCGACUAUCAGAAAUCAGUUUUCCACCCGCCACGCCCGUAACAAUUCAUUGAGUCGGUCUGCGACCGAUUGACAUUCUCUGUUGCGCUCAGAGCUUGUUUCAUUUUUUAUAUCGUCCUUUCUUUUGUGACACGAGGGAAGCUAGGCUGCUGCUGAGACAGCGACAAGCGUCAUGAGGUUCUCGACGAAGCUCGCGGCCGCAUGGCUUGCUGUCAGCGUGAUGGGCGAGAAGACGCCGCCUGUUGAGGAGGUGCGGUCGAUUCCGCUGCGCACGCAUUCACUGACCGCGCCGUACCUGGAUACCGAUAUGCAGAGUCGGUGGUGGGAUUUUGGGGGGGAUACGAUUAUUAGGACUGAUAAAUAUGUGCGAUUGACCUCGGAUCGUCCCUCGAGGGAAGGCUGGAUCUGGUCGCGCGUCCCAUUAACCGCCACGAACUGGGAGAUCGAAUUCGAAUUCACCAUCGACGGCGCCGGCAACCUCCACGGCGACGGCAUGGCCAUGUGGCUCACCCGCCAACGCAACACCCCCGGCCCCGUCUUCGGCUCAACCGACAACUUCGAAGGCCUGGGGAUCUUCAUCGACACCUACAAGAACAACCGUCCCGGCACCGUCUUCCCCUACGUCAUGGCCAUGAUCGGCGACGGCACCACGCCCUACGACAAAGCGCACGACGGCAAGGCGAACGAAUACGCCGGCUGCUCUGCUCGGGGCAUCCGCGGCGCCUCUGUCCCCACUAAGGCGCGAUUGAAGUACUUCCAGGAUAAGUUCCUGAGGUUGGAUCUCCAGUACAAGGCGGAGGAUGAAUGGAUCCUCUGUUUCGAGAAGACGGAGCCACCGAUGCUGCCUUCUGUCGCGUAUCUGGGGUUCAGCGCGGAGACGGGGGAGUUGAGCGAUAACCAUGAUAUUGUCAGCGUGACGACGAAGAAUCUGUAUACAGUCGGCGCAUCGUCGUCGGUGCCGCAGAAGGAGCAGUUGGGGAAGAAGGAUAAGGGGAAGUUUGGGAGUGCGGCGAAGAAGAGUGGGGGUGGCGGGUGGGGGUGGUUCUUGUUUAAGGUGGUUGCUUUCUUUGCGGUGGUGGGGGGGGCGUAUGUGGGGUAUACGGCGUGGAGGACGCAGAAUAAGAGGAGUCACCGCUUCUAG